UAAUGCUUUGAAAGUUAACAGCUUUACGCAGCAGUGACGCUGUGUCACUGAUUCCGAUCGUUGUCCACGUGUGAAGUAAAGUUGCGUCUCCUUCCGUCCGACUCCGCGCGGAAAGGCAGCCACGAGCCUUUCUUUCACUGAAAACGUUUGCCGUUUGACCUGAUCACGGUCUAUAAUGAAAGAUGUAGACUUGUGCACUGGUUUGGAAAGAACUUUAAAGAACUUUUUAGUUAGUUUGAUCCAGUCACAAUUAAGUGGUAACGUUAAGCGCCUCUCGCUGGAAUUAUUUGUUGAACAUGUCCCCUGCUCGAGCAGCUGAGUUGGACUACAAACCCCUGGAUGGUGGUUGGGGCUGGAUGGUGGUGUUUGGAGCCCACAUUUCCAUUGGAUUUGCAUACUCUACGCCCAAAGUCCUUUCCAUUUUCUUCGAAGCGAUCCAAGAGGAUUUAGGAGCCGGCUACAGUGAAAUGGCAUGGAUUUCCUCUAUCAUGCUAGCUGCCAUGUAUGCAGGCGGACCAGUGAGCACUGUGUUGGUCAAUCGCUUUGGAAGCCGGCCAAUAGUCAUACUGGGUGGACUUAUGUGUGGGGUCUCUAUGGUAGCCGCUUCUUUUGGGAGCUCCCUCCUUCACCUCUACUUUUGCAUUGGCGUCAUUGGAGGUUGUGGACUCUCCUUAAACCUCAAUGCGUCUCUCACCAUCAUCAGCAAGUAUUUCCUGGCCAGACGUCCUUUAGCUAACGGACUGGCCAUGGCCGGGAGUCCAGUGUUCGUGUGUGUCCUGGCCCCCGUCAACGAAUAUUUACUACAAAAGUUUGGCUGGAGAGGAAGUCUCCUUAUCCUCGGGGGUCUGAUGCUCAAUUGUUGUGUUGCUGGGGCCCUGAUGAGGCCUGUCAUUCUGCCUUGUAAGCCUUCCACUUGUGCACCACAGAAGAACAUGGAGGAACAGCCAGAUAAGUGCAACACAAGGCUAAAAGGAAGCUGUAUGAACAAUGCUAAGAAGUUCUUGGAUUGGACCUUCUUCAAGGAUAGAGGUUUCAUCAUUUACCUCAUUGGGAAUGUGUUGUUCAUCUUUGGUGCCUAUGCACCCUUUGUGUUCCUGUCAGCCUAUGCUAUUAGCCAAGGUGUUGAUGAGUACUCUGCAGCCUAUCUGCUCUCUAUUACGGGCUUUGUGGACAUGUUUGUUAGGCCUAGCACUGGCCUGAUAGCCAACAACAAGUGGGUGAGGCCCAGAAUACAGUACUUCUUCAGCUUUGCCAUGAUUUUCAACGGCACGUGCCACCUACUGUGCCCACUGAGCAAGAGCUACGCUUUCCUGGUGACCUACGCAGUAUUUUUUGGCAUGAGUUUCGGCAUGGUUUUCGCCCUGAUAUUCGAAUGUCUGAUGGACCUGAUGGGAAAUCAACGCUUCCCCAGUGCUGUUGGACUGGUCACCAUCAUCGAGUGCUUCCCCAUACUACUGGGACCACCUGCUGGAGGGUUACUGGUGGACAUCUUUGGUGAAUACAAAUACCUUUUCUUAAUGAGCGGCUCGGUGAUCGUGAUUGCUGGGCUCUUUCUCUUCCUCAUGAACAUCUACAACUAUUACAUGCUGGAGAGGGAGAAGCCAGCAGAGGACAGCGAGCAGAACCAAAAAACCAUAGAGAACCAUGACCACAGCACCUCAGACGCAGAGAUGAAAGCAGUGAUGGAACAGACUGAGCCUCAGGCUAAAGAGAAGAACGGUGCUCAGAGAGAUCCACGUCUGGAGAAUGCAGAAACCCCUAAUUAAAUGGGAAUUAAAUUUAACUCUCCAUUUAUAUGUUUUUUAAUCACUGCAGAAGAAAAGGGUUCAACAAGAUGAUGCGAUUUAAAGGAGCGCCAGUUGAACCUGAAAGAACGACGUAGAAAAUGUGCUGGAAAUAUGGCAUUCCUGUUUGUAUCAAGUCAUUUGACAACGGCUACCGUCUCCUUAUCGCUCGGUUUCGUCUGCCACAAUUUUUAGUCUCUUCAGUGGAAGUCUGCGUGACAUAUACAGUAAGUCACAUGCUUAAUGUACACCAUUAUUUAUUCAGAGUCUGUUUCCAAUUCACUUUGCCGUAUUUUGCUUUUAUCGUUGCACCAUCUUUCCACCUAAAAGUUUUCAUUUACAUUUUUUUCCACUCAGGUUUUUUAUGCACAAAUGGAAAAUGCACAUAAAACAGUUGGACCCGCACUUCCACACACUUAUUCAGUCGUUUCAACAUUCAUAUUUGUUUAACCAUUUAAGUAAUUUAACAAGCAACAAGAGCUGUACUUGGGCACUGCUAGCUAAAUGCUAACAUCAGCAUGCUAACAUUCUCACAAUGACGAUGCUAACAUGCUGAUGUUUAGCAGGUUUACCAUCUUCCCCAUCUUCAGUGUAGUGUGUUAGAAUGUUAACAUUAGCUAAUUAUCACAGAGCACUGCUGAUGCCAAUGGGUACGUAAUUAGCUUUGCAAGUAAUUUUAACAUUUUUAUCAUUUUUACUCUGGUGAUGUCUUUUAGAUGAAGAGUCAGGGACUCACCAACGUGGUUACAAUUUUGUAACCUGCAUGGUGGUGCUAUCUAGGAUAAGUCCGAAAUCUCCAGAUUCAUCGUCUAGGCAACAAGGCUGUCUCUACCAACCUUUGUUCCAAUCCUAAGUAGAUGUUAAGAUAUUUAACAGGAUAAGUGAACAUUUUGAACUGUUAGUUUCACUAGACCAAAAGUCAGAGGAUCACCAAAGUCAGUAGGCUUCAUCCUGUGAGGACCAUAAAUGUUUGUACAAAAUUCCCAAGUCACAGGGAAUGCUGAAAUGCGCACAGCCACAAUAUAUACAUAUGAGAGUGAAUGUUUGCAGUAUGUUUUACAUGAUCACAGACCAACACCUUCUGUUUUGUGAUUCCUAGCUGUUCAUUGCACAGUGAUCUAAUCGGUCUAUAAAUGUUUUAAUUGUUCUUGCGGAGAUGUGCAUAACCUCGUCAUGAGAUGUGUUGCACUCGUGUUGUACAUCACAAAACUGGCAAUUGGUUUAUAAACUACAAUGUGUGUUCCACAGUGAUGUAAUAGUUUCGUGUUGACAUUUCCCAGUGACAUUUGUUCAAUGGGCGAAAAUGGAUUUGCAUGCACUGUUAAUUGAUUUGAUGCUCUGUAUUUGUGCAUGUGAGUGAAUGUGUUUGUUGGAGUGAGUGACAAAAAGAAGGUGCGAUAUUAUAUUGUUAUAUUUAAUGGCAGCUUUUUGGAUUCUGUGUUCCAGAGAAUUUAAUGAAAGCUUUAGUUUACUAAUUAGAUUAGAACUGUAUUUUAUCUUCUGACAUCUUACAUAUGCACAAUGUACCAUAGAUAAUAUGGUUAACACUAUAUUGUUGACCUGAAUAAAAUCCCAUUUAUCUCA